CUGCUGCAAAUAUUAGGUGCAGGAACAAGCGGAUACUGCAGAAGAGAGGAGAGAAGCUGGACAAGCCCCGAGGACAAAGAGGAAAUCAGAGCAGAGGCAGAGACUGAGCUUCUAGCUUUGAACCUCAGACACUUUCACUUUGGCCAUGACCAUGAUCAUGGUCAGGAGCAACACACGCAGAGAGCAAAAUAACUGCUGCUUAACACCAACAGAGACUGCAUCAGUAUCAGCUGCUGGCUGAGCAUCACUGAUCAUAUUUCAGCUUGGGGGAUUCAUGCCCCGGGACAGUCCUGGAAGGAGAAGGAGGAGGAGGGUGGCUCACAGUCGUAGUGAAGGGUGGUGGUUAAAGCUGCCUGGUGUAUUUUUGGAUGUGAAUUAAGCAAGCAAGCUGGAAUAAAGAUGUAGUGUGAGCUGGCGGAAGGAGGGGGGCAGAACAAGGAAAGUGCUGUGCAGAGGAGAGGAGAGGGCUGGAUGUCCUGGCUUGACAGACUGAGAACUGGGGUGAGAAGAAAACAGUGGGGCCACUGGAUCAGGAAGAUGCCCUCUCGCUAUAGGAAUGCGCUGAACAUCGUGGUCACCACCCUUUUUGCUGCGGUGGUCCUCUUCACCAUCCUACUGGCCUAUGUUACAGGCUACCAGUUUAUCCACACUGAGCAGCACCACCUGUCCUUUGGCCUAUAUGGUGCCUUCCUCUCCCUCCACCUUUUUCUUCAGAGCCUCUUCGCCUUCUUGGAGCAUCGGCGGAUGAGGAGUCCAGCCCAGCCUCAACACCUCCGUCGUUCUGUGGCCCUCUGCAUCGCAGCCUACCAAGAGGACCCAGACUACCUGAGGAAGUGCCUGCGCAGCAUCUGCCGAAUCUCUUUCCCAGGCUUGAAGGUGGUGCUGGUUGUGGAUGGAAACAGGCCAGAGGACCACUACAUGAUGGACAUUUUCCAGGAGGUGAUGGGCGGGGCAGACCAGGCUGGAAGCAUGGUGUGGAAGGGGAACUACCACAGUGAUGGGAGUGGAGGGGGAGGUGUCGGAGGUGGGGGAGGGUGUGCAGCGCACAUGGAAGAGACAGCACAGGUGUCAAGGAUGGUCAGAGGUUGCCGCUAUUCUUGCAUUAUGCAGGAGUGGGGAGGGAAAAGGGAGGUGAUGUACACUGCCUUUAAAGCACUGGGGGACAGUGUGGACUACGUGCAGGUGUGUGACUCAGACACAGUUUUAGACCCAGCUUGUACCAUAGAAAUGCUAAAGAUCCUCGAGGAAGAUCCAAUGGUGGGAGGGGUUGGUGGAGAUGUACAGAUCCUCAACAAGUAUGACUCAUGGAUCUCCUUCCUAAGCAGUGUGCGCUACUGGAUGGCCUUCAACAUUGAGCGCGCAUGCCAGUCCUACUUUGGUUGCGUCCAGUGUAUCAGCGGUCCUCUGGGGAUGUACAGGAACUCCUUGCUACAGCAUUUCCUUGAGCCAUGGUACCACCAGACCUUCCUAGGCUCCAAAUGCAGCUUUGGAGAUGACCGCCACCUCACCAAUCGAGUGCUCAGCUUUGGAUACAAGACGAAAUUCACGGCUCGAUCACAAUGUCAGACUGAGACACCAACCCAGUAUCUGCGUUGGCUCAACCAGCAGACUCGAUGGAGCAAGUCUUACUUUCGUGAAUGGCUCUACAAUGCCCUGUGGUUCCAUAAGCACAGCCUCUGGAUGACUUAUGAGUCCAUGGUCACUGGCUUCUUCCCAUUCUUCUUGGUUGCCACAGUCAUCCAUCUGUUCUAUCGUGGACGACUGUGGAACAUCCUGCUCUUCUUACUGACGGUCCAGUUGGUUGGGAUGGUGAAGGCCACAUAUGCCUGUUUUUUGCGUGGCAGCGUGGUCAUGAUCUUCAUGUCACUUUACUCUCUUCUUUACAUGUCCAGUCUGCUCCCUGCCAAAAUAUUUGCCUUGCUCACUAUCAACAAGGCUGGAUGGGGCACAUCAGGCCGCAGAAAGAUUGUGGUCAACUUCAUUGGUGCUGUGCCAGUCACAGUGUGGACCAUGGUGCUACUCGGAGGUGUGGCAUAUACGGUUUACUGUGAAACACAGGAACCAUUCAGUGAGACCGAGAAAGCCUUGUUGAUAGCAGGGACGAUACUCUAUGCCUGUUACUGGCUUAUUCUGGUGGUGCUCUACUUGGCAAUCGUAGCCAAACGGUGUAAUAAGAAGGAAGAGCAGUAUCAUCUGUCAUAUGCAGAGGCCUAAACCAGAGAGAGACUGCUUGUCUGAGUUUCACUGCAGCAUGAUUCUAGCAAGGUCUCUACUCACCCUGCUAGAGCAAUAAGCAGUGAAUAAGAAACACACAUCCUCAUCACUUGUACGACAAAACUGUGGAUCUAUUGGAGCAGCACAAAUCCAGUUGGGGGGACUUAAGAGAUCCAUACAGCUCUCCCAUUUACCCCAUGUUUUAUGGUGCUUCACAGUGAAAAACCAAGCAGAACUGGUCAUAAUGUUAUGAAGUGUUCAUAAAUAUGCUCAGAAGAACAUCAGGUAAUUGAUGGGUACAGGUGAGCUGUAAAAGUGCCAAACAGACUAGAAUUUGUUUUUAUAUUGACGAUAUUCUCUCAGAUCAAUCAGAGCACCUGCUUCGCAAAAGAGAAGGGAGGCUCAGUUGGAUUUAGAUGUUUAAGUGGAUCUGAAGUGAUUAGACAGAGACAAAACAAAAUGUAAAAGUUAUAAAACUGCUAACAAAUUCAACUGAACAGUCUAUCUGGCAUAGAAGAAAAGAGAAGAUGCCCAUUUGUCAUGGCUGGUCAACAUGGGUGUAAAAAUAUAUUGAGGAGAGAAGUAGGAAGAAAGUCUUGCACCUCUCUGUGAGUUAUACACCAAAACACAUGCAGACAUACUCUAUAACGUCCUAAGAUCUGCACAGUUGGUGCAUGAACAGGGAAAGCAUGAAUACCACCCAUGCAUCCAUCCAUUUUCUUCCACUGCAUACCUGCUAGUGGUGUGAAUUUCAGCAAAUUAGCAGUGUGCUCUUAACAAAAAUAAUGUUUGCAAGAUUUUACUAUGAUUGUGCACCAACUGCCACCUUUUGUAAUAAUUUUCAACAUGUUGACAUAUUGAUUGCCCUUUGUCACUGAUUCUGUUCAUAAUUUUUAUGGACAGAAUUUCUAGGCAUAGCCAAGUGACGGAUGGCUUCCGCCUUAGUGGUCACAGAAUCUCAUCUCUGCUCUUUGCAGAUGAUGUGGUCCUGUUGGCUUAUCAGGUGGUGGCCUCCAGCUCACACUGGAGUGAUUUCGCAGCCAAGUGUGAAGCAGAAGUUAUGAGAAUUGGCACCUCCAAGUGUGAGGCCAUGGUCUUCAGCUGGAAAAGGGUGGAGUGCCCACUGCCAGUCAGGGAUGAGUUGCAGCCCCAACUGCAGUUGUUUAAGUAUCUUGGGGUCUGGACCUGGACUGAUAUGUCAAACCGGUGCUAUAAUGUUUUUGGUGAUUGGUUCUGUGUUUCCCGAACAGAACUGGUGCUCAAAAAUUAAACUGGCAUACCAGUAGCAAUAAGAUGUGUAGCUAUGAGUGGUCUGGGAUCAACAUGUAUUCUAAUAUCCUUCAGCAAAGUAACAGCAACAAGAGAUUUAGGCAAAUGAGGAAUCACACAAAACAUUGUUAAUAAAUUAUAUACGUCAUUGAAAGAUGUUGCAUUAUUAAAGUUGUUAUAUUGUUAUUAAGUCAGUUUCAAUGGCCUUAAUACAGCAACUUUUUCCUCAACACAUUAAAUAUUUUUUUUUCUAAAAUAACAUCCAGGAAAAUGAGAACGUUUCAAGCUGAUGAAAAUUUGCAAAUUUAUUUUUUGAUGUGAUAUCAGAAAAAGUCCAGAAACAAGAAACUAUUAGCUAUUUAGUUUUCUCUCUUAUUCCAUUUCUUUCUUACUUUCCAUGAACUGACCUCAGGCAGCUCAUCGUACCUCUGUGCGAUAAGGGACGCCGGGCCAGCCUGAGGCAUAGGCGACAUAUGCCGCUGCAUAGGUCAGGGGGCCCCCAAGCUCACCUAAAUUUUUCAUGAAACUUUUUUUUUUUUUUAAAACACACCAGUGUCCUAAAAGAAAGAAGAAACUAUUACAACACUCCAGAAUUAUACAAUUGUAGCAAUACUAAUUUAAUGAGUAGACUACUUGACGAUUGACUUCAUGUGUCAGUGUGCCUUCAGGUAGUUUGGCAGUAUUGCACACUGGCAGUGCUCCAGGUGACCUGAUGGUCUGUCAGUUACGGUCAUUUGUGGAUGAGGCUACAAAACAAAUGUCACAGAAAGGACCUGUCGCUCUGGAGCAGAGAAGAGGAAACAGAGAAGAUUAGAGGAAGAAAAAAAAGGCAAGAAGGCAAAGGUAUGGUUCCAUGAGUAAUUACAAUAUGUUUAGUUGGUAACCAACUCCAAACGGUUCACUAGCUGGCUAGGUAUGGUCUUUAUCAUGUCGCUAGAUCUCUAUCACAAAAGCACAACCUGUCAGCCUGUGUCACUGUCCUCAGUGUGUUUCUAGUUAUAUACAUUUUGCUCGGAUCUUUUACUGGUGAAGUUAAUGAUUGAAACAACUGAACUGACUUUAACCACAUGGUUCUAAGUAUGACUUUAUAAACAAGUAGCCAGCAUAUCGGCGUAUGUGUUGUGUGAAAAAUGGCAAAAUGCUUGAAAAGUUGCUGCUUACAUAGCAGAUGAAUGAAUUGGUCCAUUCAGUCAUAGCACUCCAAUUCCCAUCUUUACCCCUGUCUCUUUGAUAAGCAGAAAAGAGUCGAUGGAUGGACUCCAGCAGAAUGGGCAUUUACUGGUUAAGUUAUGCCUCUGUCAAAUGUGCACAUAUUCAUACCUACAUGCUGUAAAUGUUCUGGUAACAUAUAACAGAGAUAUUUGGAAUAUUUUUCACCAAGUUUAUCUUCCCCGCCUUUUCCUUUAUUCUUUCUAGUUUCACAUUCAAAUUGUGGCCUCUCAGUUUAAAUUCUAAUUUUAAUGGCUUUCACAUUCAUUAAAUGUCAGUGGCAUUUUAUUCAGUGUGAAUCCAGAUAAUCAAUGUAUUUGUGUCAAACCUGGCAUUUAUUCAAUUCUGACAUUCCGUCAUCUACACUUGUGGUAUUUGUUAGUACUGAAGUGCUGUCUUACACUUGCACAUUAAAACUGAAAAUGUAUGUUCAUCAUUUAUUGACUUAUUAAAUACAAAGACUGAAUGUUGCACAUUGAGCACUGUUUUUUUUUUUUUGUUUUUUUUUUAAGUCUGAUCAACCACUAACAAUCCAGUGACAGUAAAGAAACACAGAUUGAAAAGAUAGCU